AUGCAUCGACAAUGGAAUAGCGCCCCUCAACAGCAGGGCGGUGGUGUUGUUGCUGGAGGGCAGCAGCAGCAAAGGUACCAGCAGCACAGGGCGCCUCCGUUUGGCGCGCCUGCUGGCGGACCGAAGCCGCUCGGCAACAAGUGUGGCCUGUUCGGGUACAACAGCUACAGCCAGAGGCGCUUCUCGAUCCCGCUCAAGAACGUCGCCAUUCGAGCCCACGUUGUGGAUUUCUUCGCGAGGGUCGAAGUGACGCAGGAAUACGUCAACAACGACCGCAACCCUGUCGAAGUCACAUACACCUUCCCCAUCGCAGCGAGAUCUGCUGUCUGCGGGUUUAGCGCCGAAGUCGAAGGCCGCAAGAUCACCGGCGAGGUCAAGGAGAACGAAGAGGCCGCGAACCUGUACGAUGACGCCAUCAGCAGCGGACACGGCGCCUUUACCGGCCGGUCCGAGAAGCCGAACGUCUUCACCGCCGUCGUGGGCAACCUGCCCCCAGGCAAGCAGGCGACGAUUCGCAUCACCUACGUGACCGAGCUCGGCCUCGAGAGGAGCGGCGGCAGGGGAGCGGCCAAGGAGGCCCCGAGGCUCAAGUUCUCGCUUCCCUCUCGCCUCGCGCCCAAGUAUGCCAAGAAGAACGCACAAGGCACGUCGUCGUCGUCUUCGUUCUAUCCGCAGCGUCCCGAGUUCAAGCUGACGAUCGAGGUCGACUUUGCGCUAUCGUCGCGCAUCGCGGGCAUCGCCGCCAGCCAGCCGGUCUCAAUCGCCCUCCCCUCCGACUCCCACGCCAAGGUGACCCUGGGCUCGAUGGUCAAUGCGCUGAAGCACGACUUCACGCUCCUGCUCCAGCUGGAGGCGCCCGCCGCGACGACUGGCCAGCAGCUCGCCACCUCCUACGGCCUCCUCGAGGCGCCCGCCGCUGACAGCCCCAGCGGCGAGUACGCGGCCGCGCUGGUCCUGUACCCCAAGGAGCUCUUCCCGGCCGCCACCACCGACAAGGCCGCCACCGCCGCCGUCGAUGAAGAGGAGACCGAAGACGAAGACGAGACCGCCGCCACCGCGGAGGAGGAGGAGAAGAAGGACGAGGCCGAGCCGGAGAAGGACAAGAAGCCCGCCGCCCAAAAGAAGGAGAAGCCGUCAAUUACGGAGCUGCGGCUGGACUGGGGCGAUCUGCCGGCCAAGGAGCAGAUCAAGAACACGGCCAUCCCGUCCUCCAUCUUCUUUUCGCACGGCGUACUCUUCCUCUACUCCAUGCUCCCCAACGACGCCAUCCCCGAAGGCCAGGAAAAGAUCAAGGUGACGCUGAGGGGCAAGCUGGGCGACAGCGAGGUGAGCCACGACCUGUUCCUCGACGCCAAGGCGGCCCCGAAGGACUCCCUCGUACACCAGCUCUACGCGCGAUCCGCCAUCCGAGCGCUGGAGCGGGGCGUGGAAGGUAAGAGCGACGAUGAGGCGAAGAGGGAGAUCAUCGACCUCAGCCUCGCCUAUUCGCUGUCGUCGCGCCACACGACGUUCGUGGCGAUCGAGGAGCGGCAGGAGGCCACCGAGGGCACCAUGGUGCGCCGCACCGUGCCCCUCAACGGCCUGGGCUACCGACAGCCCAUCGGCGGCGGCGCCCGAGGCGGCAGAGGCCGCGGCGGUUUCAGAGGCGGGGCGCCGAGGGACAGUGACAGAUCAUUCUACGGGCACGACCAGCGCGGAGGAGAACGGGGAGAAAGGCCGCAGUACCACUCCCGAGACCAGCGCGACGGUGGUGGCGACUCGUGGAGCAGAGGCGGCGCUGGGGCUGGCGCGUACGGUGGCGGCGGCGGCGGUGGUGGGCGGAGGGGUCCGGCACCGGCUGCUGCGCCGCCCCGCAAGAGGCUGGAGAUCACCGAGGAGCUGACCGAUCAGCUGGUGGCGCUCAAGGGCGGCGACAAGGACUACUGGCUGCUCAACUCGGCCCUGGCCAAGCUCGUCGACAAGAACCUCACCCAGAUCAUCGACGCUCUGGUCGGGGUGCCCAUCGUCGACUACAUCAGCAACGUCUGGGCCACCUCGCUCGUCAUCACCGUGCUCUCCCACUCUGGCCAGGCGAAUGCCGCGCAGAAGGAGAAGCACGCGGAGGUGCUGAAGAGGGCGGAGGCCUGGCUCGAGGAGGAGACCAAGAAGUACUUCCUCGACAGCAAGGACAAGUGGCUCGCCAAGGCCAAGGCCUUCCUCCAUCUCUAA